GCAGACGGGCUGUACUGCUUGCGGCUGUCACAGUUAUCAGCGUUCAUUAUCCUAGCUAGCUCAAUGAAAAGUUUAAUUUGUCCUACUUGAUAGCACGAUGAAAAGUAGAUUUAACACAGUGGAUAUUAGGGCAGUAAUUGCCGAGCUCAAUGCCACCUAUAUCGGUAUGCGAGUGAACAAUGUCUAUGACAUCGACAACAAGACAUAUCUCAUUCGACUCCAAAAGCCUGACAGCAAAGCUGUUUUAUUGAUUGAAUCUGGCAUACGGAUUCACUCCACAGAGUUUGAAUGGCCCAAAAAUAUCAUGCCAUCUGGUUUUGCGAUGAAAUGCCGAAAGCACCUGAAAUCCCGGAGACUGGUAGAGGUGAAACAGCUUGGUGUAGACAGGAUUGUGGACCUACAGUUUGGAUCAGAAGAGGCUGCAUACCACCUUGUAGUUGAGUUGUAUGACAGGGGCAACAUAAUUCUGACUGACCAUGAGUAUACCAUACUGAACCUGCUGCGUUUUCGCACAGCUGAGGCAGAGGAUGUGAAAAUUGCAGUGAAAGAAAGAUACCCUUUAGAGAAUGCCAGGCCUCCUGAACCCCUCAUCAGCCUAGAGAGGCUCACAGAGAUCCUGUCCAAAGCCCAGAAUGGAGAGCAAGUGAAAAGAACUCUGAAUCCUCACCUCCCAUAUGGAGGCACUCUCAUUGAACACUGCCUUAUAGAAGUUGGUCUCCCUGGCCUCUUGAAAAUGGAUGAUCAGUUUAACAUCAUGCAAGCUGGCCCAAAGCUUCUGGAAGCUUUGCAGAUGGCAGAGAACUACAUGGAGAAAGCAGCACGCUUUAAUGGCAAGGGAUAUAUCAUUCAGAAAACUGAAAAGAAGCCAAGUAUGACUCCAGACAAGCCACAUGAAGAGUUACUCACGUAUGAAGAAUUUCACCCGUUCCUUUUUGCCCAGCAUUCAAAAAGUCCAUAUGUUGAGUUUGAGUCUUUUGAUAAGGCAGUUGAUGAAUUUUUUUCUAAGAUGGAGAGUCAGAAGAUUGACAUGAAAGCUCUGCAGCAGGAGAAGCAAGCCUUAAAGAAGUUGGAGAAUGUCAAGAAGGACCAUGAGCAACGGCUGGAAGCACUGCACCAAGCACAAGAGCUGGACCGUUUGAAGGGGGAGCUGGUGGAGAUGAAUCUUCCCAUUGUGGACAGAGCUCUACAGGUAGUACGAAGUGCUCUUGCAAACCAGGUAGACUGGGCAGAGAUAGGUCUCAUCGUCAAGGAAGCUCAAGCUGCCGGAGAUCCAGUGGCUUGUGCUAUCAAAGAGCUGAGACUGCAGACAAAUCACAUCACAAUGCUCCUGAAGAACCCAUAUGUUGGUUCAGAGGAAGGAGAGGCAGAGGAGGCGGCUUCGGCAGAAAUUGCAGAGGAUGUUGAGAACCAAAAGGGGAAGAAGAGUAAGAACAAAGAGAAAGGACAGAAGGGAAAGGUCCAGAAAAACAAACCAAUACUGGUGGAUGUGGACCUCAGUUUGUCUGCUUAUGCCAAUGCAAAGAAGUAUUAUGACCAUAAGCGGAGUGCUGCCAAAAAGGAACAAAAAACGGUUGAAGCAGCGCACAAGGCCUUCAAGUCUGCUGAGAAAAAGACUAAACAGACUCUUAAAGAGGUCCAGACAGUGACAACAAUUCAGAAAGCAAGGAAAGUGUACUGGUUUGAGAAGUUCCUUUGGUUCAUCAGCUCAGAGAACUACCUCAUUAUUGCUGGCCGAGACCAGCAGCAGAAUGAGAUGAUUGUCAAGCGGUAUCUACGAGCAGGAGACCUCUAUGUCCAUGCUGAUCUCCAUGGAGCGACAAGUUGUGUCAUCAAAAAUCCCUCUGGUGAGCCCAUUCCUCCACGUACCCUCACAGAGGCUGGAACGAUGGCUGUGUGCUACAGUGCUGCCUGGGAGGCCAAGGUGAUCACCAGUGCAUGGUGGGUGCAUCAUAACCAGGUGUCCAAGACCGCUCCAACAGGAGAGUAUUUAACUACAGGAAGCUUCAUGAUUAGAGGAAAGAAGAACUUCUUACCCCCGUCAUAUCUCAUUUUGGGCUUUGGUUUUCUCUUCAAGGUCGAUGAGCAGUGUGUGUUCAGACAUCGUGGGGAAAGGAAGGUAAAAACUCUGGAGGAAGACAUGGAAGAUGUAACCUCCAGUACUGCAGAGCUUUUAGAAGAGGGAGAGGAGCUCUUGGGAGAAGACAGUGCAAACGAGGGAGAGGCAGAGCCAGAAGACAUAGAUGAGGACGACAGAAAGCAGAAAGGAGGAGAAGAGGAGGAUGAACUGAAAAAAGAGGCAGAAGUGGAGGAGUCAACGGGAGUCUUGGAGGUGUUAGGCGAGGCACUGUCUGAGGUAGAAAAGCAAAUGGAGGAAGAGGAUGAGGAGGAAGAGGAGGAGGAAGGACACGAAAGAGAAAAAUGUGCUGACGAACAGACAAAGAGUGAUGAGGAGAGCGCAGAAAUGAGUUUUCCAAAUACAACUAUCUCCCUCACUCACCUUCAGUCUAACAGGGGAAUCUCAAAUGCUGCUUUCAAGCAAGAAAUUUCAAAACAGGAUAACACAGAGCCACAAGGCAAAAAGUACAUGAGUGCCAAGCAGAGAAGGGAUAUGAAGAAGAAGCAAAAACCACGAAGCAAUGAGCAUCUUGAAGAACCAGAGGUCAAAAGAGAGGAGAACCAAGGUUGCUAUUCAGCCAGCCAGAGCUCUAAGAGUGGGGGAGCCUCUCAGCAUCCAUUGAAGAGAGGACAGAAGAAUAAACUGAAGAAAAUCAAGGACAAGUACAAAGACCAGGACGAGGAAGACCGCGAGCUGAUGAUGAAGCUGCUUGGUUCUGCAGGCUCCAGUAAGGAAGAGAAAGGCAAAAAGGGGAAGAAAGGGAAAGGAAGAGAUGAGCCAGUGAAGAGAGCUCCUCAGAAACCUGGCCAGAAACCCAGAAUGGCAGCAAACGAGGUACAGAAAGACCAGGAGCCUGAGAACAAAGGCAGCCCCGCAGGAGAUGACGCUGCUGAACAGGAUGACAAGGAAGCUGAUGACUUGGAGCAGGAGAAUGCUGGAGCAGAGGAGGGAGAAAAUCUUCUUGACUCUCUGACUGGUCAGCCUUACCUGGACGAUGUGCUGUUGUUUGCAGUCCCUGUGUGUGCACCCUACACAGCCCUCUCAAAUUACAAACACAAAGUAAAACUGACUCCAGGGACACAGAAAAAAGGAAAAGCUGCCCGUACUGCCGUGUUUAGCUUCAUGCGUGCCAAAGAAUCUAGUACCAGAGAGAAAGAUCUUUUCCGCAGCGUAAAGGACACAGACCUGUCAAGAAACAUGCCUGGCAAAGUGAAAGUCUCUGCUCCGAACCUUCUGGCAGCAAAAAAGAAAUGAACUUUUGGAAGUCUUUACAAUAUGGAUCUGAUCAGGGUGAAGAGACUUUGGCCAUUUGGCAACCUGUAAAUGCUUGCUUUUGGGGGGACUGGAUUUCAAGAGUGAUCAGGUGCUAGAACCUAGAUACAAUGCAACUGACCCAGAGUACUUUUCGGGUAGAGUACCACAGCCUUAAGAGACAUCUUAAGAGAGAAGCCUCAGAUUAAUAAUUUAAUUAAAACCAACAAAUACUUUAUUUGUCUUUCAGCUACAUAUGUCUGUUCAUAUCAAAGACGUGAAAAAUGUGCAUAGCAAUUUGAGUAGCUGAAAAAUUUGUUUUGAAGCAGAUUUCUGAUGAUAGCAAAUGUUCAGAUUUUAUGUGCUGAUCUAAAAUUUCACAAACGUCUUGUGUAUUUUUACAUUCAAAACAUUAGAAAUAUUAAUAGUUAAAGAAAAUAUUUUUACUUGUUUUACAUUCAAAUUAAACAUCCUAAAUAUUAAGAGAAAAUGAAUCAUACUAUUUACUUAAUAAGCAAAGAUUCUUGCAGAACAGCACAGCAGUAAUGAUUCGCACUUAGGUCUACUCCUUUUUAACCAAUAAAUCAGAUGGGAUAAUGUUUCUGUAAUUAAACCAAAAUAUAUACUCUCAAAUUCACAAAAAAAAAAAGAAAAGAAAGAAAAGGACAGCUAAAAUCCAGUAUAUAUACACACACACACCUCAUAAAACAUUUAAAUUUAAUUGUCUGUAUACAGUACAACCCCUAUUACCUAUCAAAACUGCAUGAUGAAACUGAUGUUAAUUGGUAACCAUUAAAAUGUUAAAAGCCCCUCUAGUCAUUUACAUUAAGUAAAUCCAGUGCUAUCUGUAAAACUGAUUUUAAUUUACUCCCUUGCAUGGCUUUUCUUUGCAAAAUACCAAAGCCAUUUAUCAGACAUGGCAUACCUAUUGUUUUGCAUAUUGAUGAAACAUGCCUCUGACUGAUCAGCAGUACCACUGAUUAUCCCACACUGACUGAGUCUAAUAAACAAAAGUGCCAGUGUGAAAGAACAAAUUACCUGUUCAUUU